CAUUUCCUUCUCCGGGUUGGUGCCGAGCGGACGUAUAAGGCUAUCGAUCGCGUGCUCCGCCGUUUUGUACAGUUGCUAGCGUCACCAGUCCAAUUUCAACGAUAAUGUCGAAGAAGGCUGAUCCCUACGCAUUCGCCAAGGAUUUCCUGGCUGGUGGUAUUUCUGCCGCUGUAUCGAAAACGGCAGUAGCGCCGAUCGAACGUGUCAAGCUGCUGCUUCAGGUUCAGGCUGCCUCCAAGCAGAUCAGUGCCGACAAGCAGUACAAGGGUAUCAUCGAUUGCUUCGUUCGUAUCCCGAAGGAGCAGGGAAUCGGUGCCUUCUGGCGCGGUAAUUUGGCCAACGUUAUCCGGUACUUCCCGACCCAGGCCUUAAAUUUCGCGUUCAAGGAUGUGUACAAACAGGUGUUCCUCGGUGGAGUGGACAAGAACACCCAGUUCUGGCGCUACUUCCUGGGUAACCUGGGAUCCGGUGGUGCGGCCGGUGCCACCUCGCUGUGCUUCGUGUACCCGCUAGAUUUCGCCCGUACCCGUCUCGGUGCGGAUGUCGGCCGUGGUGCCGGAGAGCGCGAAUUCAACGGUCUGCUCGACUGUUUGAAGAAAACGGUCAAGUCCGAUGGCAUCAUUGGCCUUUACCGUGGAUUCAACGUUUCCGUACAGGGAAUCAUUAUCUAUCGUGCAGCCUACUUCGGUUGCUUCGAUACUGCCAAGGGAAUGCUGCCGGACCCCAAGAACACCUCGAUCCUCGUUUCCUGGGCCAUCGCACAGGUGGUGACGACAGCUUCCGGAAUUAUUUCGUAUCCAUUCGAUACCGUCAGACGACGCAUGAUGAUGCAGUCUGGCCGUGCCAAGUCGGAGGUGAUGUACAAGAACACGCUCGACUGCUGGGUCAAGAUCGGCAAACAGGAGGGUUCGGGUGCGUUCUUCAAGGGCGCCUUCUCGAACGUCCUGCGUGGUACUGGUGGCGCUCUGGUGCUCGUAUUCUACGACGAGGUUAAGGCCUUGUUGGGUUAAGUAGGAAACGCCCUAGUGUAUUUAGUUAUGUCCAGCAGCAACAAAACAACAAUACUAUUACCAAGCAAAAUCAACAACACUUGCCGGAGCCGUGUGUUGUUGAAGGAUUCCUUACCUUUGACGAAACAUGUCGCCGCAGUGUAGUAGCGCAAGACAAAUUGACUUUUACAAACCACAACCCUGCACGGUCUCUCCUCUCUCUCUCUCUCUCUAUCUCUGGGUAUUACUUCCAUGUUCCGAACAUCUGACAAUUGGGUACCGCGUUGCGCUUUUACGAGUGGUGGAACUGCAAGGUUUGCUGCUCUUGAGGGGGAGAGAGGAGACAGUCCCUAGGCAAUUUGUUGCAUUUUCUAACAGAUGAAAGCGUUGUAUUAUCACCAUCAAGCUGCUGACCUCAAACGGUUCCAGCGGAUCGAGUAAUUAUCAAUCCUGGACGGCAAGUGCACAUGCAAAUGCAAAAGAUACCAGCGAUAUAAAAGAACGAUUGCAAAUGCGAGAAAUAGAUUCGAAAUAUGACAUGAUUUAAAAACAAGAAAUAAAACUAGGUAUUUAUUUUGACGUCCUUCAACUAGAAGGGAAACCCA